GUUUUGUAAACAUGUUUUCGAAACUACCUAUGAGAGUGAGCGAGACGACUAGAUCGAGAUCUCACUCUCUCUCACAGGAAGCUCCGAAAACAUGUUUACAAACAAAAGUUAUUGUACGCUGGGCAUAACAGUUAUUCUAGUUGAAAAAGAAGUUCCGUGCGAAAUGAAAAUAAUAAUUAGCUGAUUUGUUUGAAUUACUUGAAUCAUUUGUAAGCAAGUCAAAUAACAAUGUCUAUGCGAAUUCUGGAAUUGGUUCGUUAAUUUUCUUUUAUUAUUUGGAAAAUUAUUGUUAAUUUUGAGGUACAGAAUGGGAGGAAUGAAUUGAAUCUUUCUGAAAUGCUGUAUUUUUUAAAUUUAAGAAUUAAUUUUAUUGAUGUGAACCGUGUGAACGAGAAAAAUGUCAGAUUUUUUUAAAAAAAUAUUUGAGUCUACUUCAAAUUUUCGACGUAAUGGAGCACGGGUUACGGCCCCGAAUUUGCCGAUGAAAGCAUUACAAGCGUAACGUGAGCUUCAGGAAUAGGAGUCAAUUCACGAAGAAGGGCUGUUUCCAUAGAUUCCGAGUCUUUUUGGAAUGUCCAUUCUCUCUCACCAAACUUGAACUGUCAUUAUGCAAAAUCAGGACGCCCUGCGACUACAGUAGUAUGCAAAUUUUGUCCAGUAGUAUACAAUUUGCUUUCAAUAUUGGCAUAAAUUUCUUUAGUGUGAAUAGGCUAUUAAAGCUACCUGAAGUUAAUUGCAGUUAAAUCCGCCCAAUCUGUAUUUGUCGUAUGUCCUGAGAAUUUAUGUUGCUCUCAAUUUUAUUGCCUGCAAUCAAAUCGAUAAAAUCUAAUUGAUUAAUCUUAACUCCAUCUCCUUUCUGAUAAAUGGUUCAGUAUCAGUUUCCAAAGAAACGUGAAUGUAUAGACUACGUUACAUUUUUUUUAUUGCACAGAAAGCAAUAUCACAAAUCACAAUGGAUUCGUCUUGGUAUUAUUGAAAAGAAGUAUUUUCAAUUGUAGCACAGAAUGCGCUUUUGACUUUAUACCAUUUUUUAUUGAGGUGGGUUGUGCUGAGGUAGUACCUUGGUUUCUUGUUGAGAAAGGGGUGGUUGAAUAAAAAAGCACAAUGCAAUCGUAAAAAAAAACACAGGCAUAAGAGUUUUACAAAUACACUCUAAAUGUUCAUGUUUGUGAUUUUAGUCAUUGAUAUUACUUCAAAUUGAGAAUUUCGAUUUUCAAAUUUAGGAUUGAGAAUUUCAAUUUGAAAAUAAUCCAGCACGAUUAUGCUGAAUUUGUAGGUGCUUCAAUUGCUGACGCUUUGAAGUAUGACUUGACGUGAAUAGAAUAUUACACUAUUAAUCAUUGCAAAUUAUAUGGCUUUGUGUACACUUACAAACAUGAAAUAAACUAUUUUUGAAGCACACACUGGAAUGAGCUAAUGCUCAGUCGAGAUAAAACCAAUAAAAAAUCAAUUUAUUUGUAUUAAACCAGCAACUUUUUUCCAUGGCAUUCAAAUGGGACUAUUCUCGGUGUGACGUAAGCAUCGCCAAAUCCGCAUGAAAGAUUCAUAAUACACUGCUAAAAACGGUGUAGUGGCUAAAAGUCAAUUCAAUUGAGUUUGUUUCUCUCUAUCUCUCUCUCUUUAACUAAUUCUGUCACACGCACACGAUUGUCUUUGGCCAGAAAGUAUGACUGGAGUAUACUUAUAAACAAAAAUCAAUUCUUUAAGGCAUUCAAAUAGUGUUAAGUUGAGUAUCUGAGUGUUUGUCAGAAAAUUCAACAUUCCAGUGCGAAUGUGUUUGACUUUAAGUUCUGCCAAAGUGUGUCGUUGGGGUCUCCAAGACGAUCGGAAUGUGUGUGCUUUUGUGCACAGUACUGUGAAGAGGGUUAGGGACAUAAGUUUAUGAGACAGAAGGAUGAAGUGGGAACCCUUUUUUUAUAUAAAGCAUCCCUGCUUUACCAUAUACUUUAAUUCGUUACAUGUCACACGUAGUUUCGCAUUGUUUAUCUUUAGGGAUCUCAUAUGAGGAAAGAAUCUGAGAAUUUAGCAAAGUUUUUUCUUCUCUGAUGAGAAAGUUUUUUAUAAUGAUAACCGGUUUAUAAUCGAUUAAAUCGAUUCUGAAAACACUUUAAAACUUACUGAAAAUAGCUUAGAAGUAAUAUAAUAGCUUAGUUAUAUCAGAUUGUAAAAAUUCUUUAUCAGUUCAUAAUGGAUUUGAGCGGUUCAGACUAUUCAGAGAUUGCAAGACCUUGACAACGACACUAAAUUUGCUUAAAUCGGUUGAGAAAUACGCUUUCUGUACAUUUUUUAAUCUUUAACUUUGAAAAUGCGUUAUUGGGAAUGAUUUUAUUAGACAGAUCAAAAAUGAAAUAAUUCUCGCAAUACAUUUUUGAGAAAUUCUAAAAAAGACUGGUUGAAUGUGUUAGGUUGGAGUAAAAUAAAAUUCAUGUUACUGGUGCAUAGGUUGGCUAAUAAGGCGUCUCCCUAAUGCCCUAGACAAUCUUACGACUUAAACCGACAGACAGCUUAACGUAAUUAUAAUCAAAAUGAUCAAAAUAAUGAUCAGAUAACAUUUCCAUCAGUUUCGCACUAAAUCCGUUUUUUGCCUUCAGCCGAGAAACGUCUUAUUCGAAAACUGUUAAUAAUAUAGUCAAAUAAGUAAUUUUAUUACAUUUACGUUAUGCUGUCUCUUGGCUUAAGUCGUAAGUGUAUCUAGGGCAUAAGGUUCAAAGUCCCUCUCUCUAACCGUUUAGUCUCUAGGUCUGAUUACCGAUUGACGGAGUAUUACGGGUUUCUGGCCUAAGGUUUAUCAAUGUGGCUUGACUUUUUAGAAUUCUUACCAUCCUACUAGAUCCACCAGAUCUUGGAAAACCACUUAAAUUACUUAUUAUUUAGAACUGCUAGACCUUUGGGACCUGACAUAAACUUUCAGUCUAAAACCAGUAGAAGUCUAUACUUUUAGAUCUCAGUCACAAACUAGAACUUUUCAAACACUUCUCACCAUGUUUGUAAGCAGAAUCCCAUUUUAAAGCUAUUUAAACCGGGGGUCCAUCAAACCUAAUAAAAACUGAAGCUAUUUUUCACUUUUCCUUGUAAAAAUUUUGCAGCUAUUGCACCGCGACUUUAACAAAUUUGCUUGUAGUUCUUGUAAAAUUUUGGCGAACAUUAUGAAAUAUGUAUUUUUUGAUAGCUUUUAAUGCACGAUUUCGAAAUAUAUCAGACUGAUAAGUCAAUUCUCAUUAGGAAAAAACUUGUCAGUAGUCUUCAGUGCCUCUAUGCAAAAACGUAUGAAAAAAUGAAACGUCGAGAGGCCCCUGAGUUAAACUUAGUUUUCUAGAAUAUAACUUAUGUUAAAGAUGAUAUUUUCCAAAAAAAGUUCUACUUUUUACUUUCGUAUUAGGGAAAGGCUUUUAGGCUUCGCACACACUCUGGCUUCGAACACUUCAUACUUUUCUAGUAUUCUGUUAAUGAAUCUGAUCACACUGACAAAGUGCGUGCGAACCCUGAAAGAUUUCCCUUAUACCCAAUUAGCAAAAAUUGAAUAUGACAUUUUAUCAAUUGUUUGUUAUUCUACUAGAUUACAAUGUGUCUUAAAUUUGGUACUGUACUGUAAAUUACUUGAAGCUUGCUUGUGCGUUAUUUUCAUUUUCUCAGUGAAUAGAUGUAUUUGUAUUUUGUGGAUCGUGCCGUGACAUCAAAGUCCUCAUGGCUGUAUUGAAUUAAUAAAGAGAGGAAAUACACAACACGACACCAUGAACUCUUUCAUGUAGAAAAAAAAAGUUCAAAUAAAACCCAUCUCAGACAAUAUGUGAUCUGACUGGAGCUUAUUGACAAACGUCAUAUUUCUCAGUGUAUGUUUUGUGUAUAGGUUCUCUUUCGAUUAAAUAAUGGAAGUUCACACAACUAAAGAGAAUGUGUAAUGAAAGAAAACUGACAUGGAGAGGGUAUAAGUAUUAUCGCGCGCGUGAAUUUUUUAUAUUAGUGUUGAGGAGGUGUGGGUAUUAACCGUCGUAUCUCAAAUACGAGUUUACGUUGAGUUUGUGAAGUGUGUUUUAUUCCGUGGGGCCCACUCAGAGCGUUCGGGCGCGGUGGGGACGCGAAUAGCAUUGUCUGAAUAUUCGAUUUUAACUCUUUAUUAUCAUUCGUUUUGCCCAUCUCGUGAUAACGCGAGGAGGUGUGAAGAACUUGUGGUUAGAUUUCGGUUAGAUUUCAGUCAUAUUGUGGUAACUAGGAGUAAAUUCAUCAUAACCUGCAGUUGUAUCUUCCGUUUAGCAUGACUCAUUGGUGCGUUCGUGAAUCGUGACUGAAGUGUGAUGAGAUUUUAAACGAAAAAAGAAGUAAAAAAAAUUGUUUAAUUAAAUGUGAAUUCAAAAGGAUAUAUCCAGCAUUCAACAGAGUUUUUGUCUUGUGUGGGAAGAAAUCAGAAGAUACAAACAGGAUUGUGCGAAGGAUUUAUUGCGUGAGGAAGUCUUAUUGUAGUGGAACUAAAAUGUGAAAAAUUUUUCUUGUUUUCCUUGCCUAUCGGUUUUUUUGUUCCUUAUGAAUAAAGAGGCGAGAAAGAACAAUUUAUUUUUAGUUCAACGAAGAAAAAUAUAACAAAUAAUAUUUUUCCUCAAAAUAUCUCAGCUGUGUUUGUGGGUGCUGUAUUCACGUGUUUAAAGAAAAGAAAAAAAAGAAGAAAAUUGUUAAAGUGCACAAAACCUUGAUUCUGAUUCUUCAAACAGUAUUCUGUGAUAUUAGGAAAAAAAUAAAUUGUGUCUCUGAAGAAUUUUUCAAACAUCAGACAUAACGUCAGGUUGACGCCCAGACUUCCCAGGGAAUGUUUUAAAGGAAAAAAAAAUAAAAAUAAAAAAACGAAGUGCAAAUGUAUAAAUUAUCGGUGUGUCUAACCUACACAAGGUGAUUUGAGACGAAAAAUUCGACUGAAACCACAAACGCAAAGGCAAGAAAGUCAGCAGUGUCUUGAGAAGUUGAUGAAGUGAAGAAAAUCGUGCAAAGAAGAGAGAAAGAUAAAAAACUAGUCAUACUAGGUGGAAUUCUUUUUUAUCUGCUUGCUCUUUCACAAUCUUCCAAGUCGUCUAAAGGAGGAGCUUCUUCGUUAUACGACGAAAAUUAAAGUGUGACGGACCUAGAGUGCAUUCUUUAAAGUUUAUGUGUUAAAAAGAAAAAACAAAUAAAAGAAAACAAUGCGUGAAAAUAGGAAGGAAAAGUGAUUUAAAAUAAUAAACAAAUUUAGUGAGAGACAAAACAUUGGAACUUGAAUAUUUGGUGAAUCAUUGCGUUGUGUCCAGAAUGUAUGAAGUGGCCCCAGUGGCUGGCAAUAAAGUUGAAGCAGCUUGUGCUCUGAGAAGUCUCCAGCAGAUCAUGGGUCAGAUAUCAAGUAGUCAAAGUGGUGGUAAGAAGUCCACCAAGUAUCCUAGGCACUCGGUGCAAACUGGUGCUAGGAUUAAGGAGGACAUAUACAGGGAUCAUUUGUACAAAGGCAAAGACAGUGUAAGGGUAAAGGAGAUGGCAGGACGACCUGUGACAAUAAGUGAAAUGAAUGCAUAUAAUAUUGAAAAGGAUAAGGAUAAAAUACCAACAGACCACGAUAUACUCAGGAAUUCAAUACAAUCACCAAAUCACAGAGAAUUUUUUACUGUUGGAGAAGGUUACCAUAAAACUGACAAUUGUUACUACAAAACCCCAGAUGGUGGUUAUCACAAAUUGCCACAGGAUUCCUUUCAUAAGACCUCAGAGGGAUGCUACAUCAAAAUGCCAGAUGGAAGUUUUAGGAGAUUGGAUGAUGUAAAAGCAGCUGCAAAGGAUGCAAAUGGAUCUGGGGAUACAUCAGUGAGUAGUCAAUCGCGAUAUAAAUCACAUAUGAUGAGAUUCUUGAAAAGAUCCAAAAGUCAUACACCGGGAACCAUUAAAGAGAUGCAGAAGGAGAAAGCAGCUGCUCAGCAAAAUUCCAAUAAUUCAGGCGUUAGUCAAAAUCGAAGAGUUAUGGUAACCAUGAUUGAUGGCGGUUUACCAGUUGUGGCUACCAGCAAACAACCUGAUUAUCACAGACCGUCCAAAAGCAAGGACCGCACUAAGGAUCUAAAGGGGAAGGAGUCAUCAAAGCAUAAGAGAGUUUCGGUGUGCGCGGGUGUAUUUUUGGACAGGAGGGUCCAUACGAAAGUGCUAAAAAUUACGAAGAUGGAGUCUGAUUUGAAGCGUGGCAUUGACAUUAGGAGGAGUAUUCACAAGAGAAAAGCUCCGGCACCACCAAAUUUUAAUCAGGAAAGUGCCGAUGUGAUGGCCGAGUUGAACUUGAAGAACACUCUAAAGAGUGUUGGUCCUGGACCACCGGUACAGCCAAGAAGACCUCUGGGUAGUAGUGGUAGUCCUUCGGGGCAUCGUGGAGUUGAUAUCAAAGAUAAUUACAGUCUAAAAUUGAGUGAUUUGGAUUGUAAGCCGGGAAUGAGAAAUUAUGUGAGUUCGGGUGUUGAAAAGAAGCCUAUAGCACCAAAACCGCCAAAGUUAGAGCAAGGCGAGGACUCUACAUUGACAAGUAUUGAUGUAUUGAAUAAACUGCAAAAGCAGAUUAAUGACAUGGAGGUGUAUACAAAGCUAAAUCCCCCAAAAACCGAAGAUUCUGUGGACAGAGGUACAAGUCAAAAAAGUAGCAGGUAUAAGGAGCAUGAAAAUCUACUGCAAACUGGAAUUAGCAAUAUAGCGUCCAGACAGGGUUUGGGGUAUUUGAAUCGUGGAGAAUCCGAAGAUACCGAUGACGAUGAUGAUGCUAUGCAUCCUGUGGAAUUCAAGAGAGGUGGCGAUGGAAGGAGUUCAACAGGUGGUGCUUUGGGUAUUGCAUCAAAAUUCCUUCCAAAGACCAAAAUGGCCAAACCGGUCAGUAGGACGUCGUCAGAUACGAAAAAUGUUGAGAAUACGGUGAAACUCAUUAGAGCGGGGUUGAAAAAGCCUCCGGCCCCACUUGAACCCUCAUCAGGGCGUAAAACCAAAGAGGACUCUGUGAUUCUGCAUACACAUCAUGCCGAUAGGGCACCCAGAGUUGUUGGGGUUAAUGAGAAACAACUCAGUCCUAUGCCGUUGAGACAUCAAAUAUCACCAUCUCCAUCACCUUCGCAAGGGAAUCACAAACGACAGGAUCUUCAGGGCUCCCCCAAUAUGCAACUCCGUAGUGGCGUACCAUCACGAUGGCGUCCAGCUGAGGAGCACAUUGGCAAAUACAAGCUGCUAAAGACAAUUGGCAAGGGUAACUUUGCCAAGGUGAAACUGGCCAAACAUGUACCCACCGGCAAGGAGGUCGCCAUAAAGAUAAUUGAUAAGACACAGCUAAAUCCCGGAUCACUGCAGAAGUUGUUUCGUGAAGUGCGAAUUAUGAAGAUGCUGGAUCACCCGAACAUCGUUAAGUUAUUUCAAGUAAUUGAAACGGAGAAGACACUGUAUUUGGUGAUGGAGUAUGCAUCGGGUGGUGAGGUAUUUGACUACCUCGUUCUGCAUGGGCGUAUGAAGGAGAAAGAGGCACGAGCUAAAUUUCGGCAAAUUGUCUCAGCAGUUCAGUACUGUCAUCAAAAACGAAUUAUUCACAGAGAUUUAAAAGCAGAAAAUCUGCUACUAGACAGUGAGAUGAAUAUUAAAAUAGCCGAUUUUGGUUUCUCCAAUGAAUUCACACCGGGCUCCAAAUUGGAUACUUUCUGUGGAAGUCCUCCAUAUGCUGCUCCAGAACUCUUUCAGGGCAAGAAGUACGAUGGACCCGAGGUGGAUGUCUGGUCUCUGGGUGUUAUACUUUACACCCUUGUCAGUGGCUCAUUGCCAUUUGAUGGCACAACAUUGCGUGAACUGAGGGAAAGGGUACUUCGUGGGAAGUAUCGAAUUCCUUUCUAUAUGUCAACGGACUGUGAAAAUUUACUUCGUAAGUUUUUGGUAUUGAAUCCAGCCAAGAGGGCGAGUUUAGAAGUAAUAAUGCGUGAUAAGUGGAUGAAUAUGGGCUAUGAGGAUGAUGAACUGAAGCCCUACACUGAGCCAGUGGCAGAUUUAAAAGAUCCCAAACGGAUAGAAGCCCUAGUCCAAAUGGGUUACAAUAGGCAAGACAUUGAAGAAUCACUGUCACAAGUUCGCUAUGACGAUGUGUUCGCCACAUAUUUGCUUUUAGGAAGAAAAAGCACUGAUCCCGAAUCAGACGGUUCCCGGUCCGGAUCUUCCCUCUCACUGAGGAAUAUAGCCGGAAAUGAUGCAGCAGUGGCGGGUAAUUCCGCUGUUCAAAGUCCAACACACCGUGGUGUCCAUCGAAGUAUCUCGGCAUCGAGUACUAAACCCAAUAGGAGAGCGUCGAGUGGUGCUGAGACACUGCGUGUUGGACCUACGGCCGCUGUUGUGGCGGCGGCUGCAGCCGCAGCUUCUGGUACUACCACUGCCGCCAAUAAUCAUACAGCAACGGUAACAGCCACAGCAACAAGUGGUGCCACAUCAUCCACAGAGAGAGCUUCAAUGAAGGAAGAUUCCCUCUUAAAAUUAAUACUGAAAUUUUGUCUGGGUUCAAGUUUUGCCACUGCGGUGUCUGAAUUGACACGUGGUGGUUCCACGGGGGGCGCCACUGGUGCUGCCAGUGGUGGCGGAAAAGGACAUGUGAAGAGCGCCUCGGUGUCGAGUCCGGGUCCAUCGGCGGAAACUGACCCAUUGGGUCCGAGAUUGACACCAGCUGUUAAAUCUAGCCGUCACUUUCCCCGGAAUGUUCCAUCACGAUCCACAUUUCAUUCAGGACAAACAAGAGCCAGGAACAACACAGGACUGGAGUAUUCGGGAACUGGUGGCACGACUGGAGACUCACCACAUUCAGGACGGACGAGUUUUUUCUCCAAAAUCUCCUCCCGCUUCAGUAAACGGCCCACCGAUGGCCAAGCAAACUCCACAUCAAACAAUAUUAGCUUUUUCCAUCGCAGUGGUUCAAACGUGGAGGAACCAGUGAAACCUCGAGUUCUACGCUUUACGUGGUCUAUGAAAACAACGUCACCCCGACUUCCAGAUGAGAUUAUGGCUGAAAUUCGGUCAGUACUGGACAAGAACAACUGCGAUUAUGAGCAGCGAGAAAGAUUUGUUCUACUCUGUGUUCAUGGGGAUCCUAAUACUGACUCUCUAGUUCAGUGGGAAAUUGAGGUGUGCAAAUUGCCAAGACUGUCAUUGAAUGGUGUUCGUUUCAAACGUAUUUCUGGUACCAGUAUUGGCUUCAAGAAUAUUGCUUCAAAAAUCGCGUAUGACCUCCGACUGUGACUCGAUCCAAAAUCGGAGCAGCAGCAGCAGCCACUGUCUCUUUCGGGAGUUGCCUCUUCAUCUGCAUCAGAUGCCAAUUCGCCGGCAUUGCGAUGCGAUGAAGAUCCUUGUGUGGUGGAGGAGGUAGAUGAGGAAUUUGAGGAGGAAACGGAAACGGAGAGUGUGGCUGCUGAUGGUAAUGGUGAAAAGGAUGAUAAAACAAAGGCAUCAACUGCUGCUGCUGCUGCCGCUGCCAACAAAAACAGCAAAAUUGGCUACAACAACAUCAUCGCUUCGUUGCUGCGAACGACAACACUGUAAAUGUCCAACCGCCCCCAAUAACUUUUCUAUUGGAUAUUUUUUUUCUCUCAUUCAAGUUGAGGUGUUUAGCCCAAGGUUUUUUUUUUUUUUUUUUUGAGGAAAAAAAAUUCUAGGUAGUUUCUCGAAAACUCCGAGCGGAGAGAACUAACUAAAAGUGAAAUGAGUUUAUUAUUUUUUUCUCUCUAAUUCUCCAAUGGUUUUUUCUUUGGAUGAUUUAUGAUAACGAUAUUAUGCCAAAAACCAAUCUACCGAAAUGGUCGAAAUUAUAUUGUAAAAUUUAUUAAAGCCCAAUACAACUUUAUUGAUACACACGACACUUGAUUCAUUGUGUAUACAAUAAUUAUUUCUUUCAUUUCAUUCAAUGAAUUUUCUGAUUCCACAGAACAUUAUUUAGUAGCAGAACCAGUGGUAAAGCAAUUGAAAUGUGUAUGCUAAAAGUUUGAGGAUGAUGGAAUAGCAUGGAAUUGAAACGCUAGGUGGUCAAAGGGAGAGUCUCACUCAUGUGGUAAAACUGAGUGUUUGAAAGUUUUGUGAAUGUGCGGAAUUAGUUACAGAGUGAAAAUGUGUAGUGCUUCAGAAUUUACUAAAAUUGUUGAAACACUGACAAAAAGUUUCAUAAAAUUUAGUUAUUCUCGAGAAAAUUGAGGUGAGAAAGUUAUAAUUUACUAAGUUUUUUUUUCGGAAUAUCAGUAAUUUAUUGAAUAGUUGAGAGUUUCAAGGGACUCUAAGGCUAUUAUGUUACUGCAAAAUUAAUUUAUAGAACAAGGAAUAUGAUCUGAAAAUUUAAGCUUUGUGCAAAAGUUACAUACGCUCCUGGAAUGUAUAAAAUAUCAGCCAAUAGUAAAAUAGGGGAUUCAUUAUGGAUUAUUUAUUGAAAUGUUGCAUAUUGAACGUAACGAAAUGUCAUAGUUUUACGUCAAAUCAAUUGACAAUUUUUUGAACAUUCGUCAAGCGAAGUUCAAGUUUUCGGUUUAAAGUUUUAAGGUGACAUUCACAAGUUUUACUAGAUAACAUUUUAGUUGGUUUAUUAAGGUCCCUACACAUUGAAAGCAAUUUUCGUCAAAAAAUUCUUUUUUGAAGAAAAUUUCCUAAUCUGCUGUACGUGGGAAUGUCAAAAUUCUGUUAAAAAUGAAAUUUUUGGCGAAGAUUACUCCCAAUGUGUAGAGGGCUUUAACUUCAUUGGGCUUGAUCUUUGGACAAAGAUCAAAAGAUUUUGGUAUACUGAAAUCAAAAAUAUCAAGAUCAAGAUGUGUAAUAUCGUGGAAUCUUAUUAUCCAAGACACACACCGUAAAAAUUUUCGGUUUUUUUUUUAUACAAAAUAUUUCAAGUUUUUGAAAUAUUUUAUGUUUUCAUGAUUUUAUUCCCAGAUCCAAAAAAUAUUUUCAAUUAUUAUAAAUAAAGAAACGUAUUUUGCUUUCACAAACAAAAAAGUCCUACAACAGAUUUUGUUUUGAAUGAGAAAAAUUUGCAUAAAAUUGUUAUAAAAGAGAAAUUGUCUAAAAAAGCACGCAAAAUCAAAACAUUAGAACCUUUCUCAAUUUUCAGUGAUGCACUUUCACAAAUUCGGCAGGAAAACACAGAUUUUUUGUCAGUUUUGACGUUUCGUUAAGUGUGGAUAGUUUUCAAAAUUUUUAUUGUUAGCUAAGACACUUAAAGUUCCACAAAUAAUUCGCGCAAGACAAGAAAUCUUGAUGUUGUAAUUUUUUGACAGCUUAAUGGGAUAUCUCCAUUGAGAAAAUUUUCAGAUUUUUGUAAUUCCCAAUUCACUUGAAAGCUCGCAAAAAAACCCAGUUUCGGAUACGAACAACUCCUUGACAUUUGUUUGUUUUGUUUUAGUUUUGGGGUAAAAAUGCAUAAAAACAACCGAAACCUUCAUGAAAUCACUAUUAAAGGAUAUCUUUAAUCGUUUGGUACGAAAAUUGAAGUAGGCAAAGAGAUAAUGAGGUGUAAUUAAAUCGAUUACCACUAUAAAACAACAACGUUACUGUUUUUCGACGCACUUCUAACACUUUGCCCGUCUUUUCCGUAAAUCAGUGUUCUGGGCAUACCUUGUCCCCAAUAAGGCGUCUUCUAUACGGGGGGAUUUCGAAAUGCACCCCACUGUGCUAUGCACCGGUGAGUCUCGGGAAAUCUCCUCUAGUGGUUCAUGCCUGAGAUAAAUUUUCUCCACCCUCUGUUAUAAAUUCUCCAAGUGUACUCUAACUAAAAUAGAUAGUCUGGAAGACUUUCUAUUUUAUUUCGAAAUGUUUCAAACGUCAAUCACACUGUGUUUUACAGUCAAAGAAUUUGUUAAAUUAAAAGUUAAUAUUUAUGCCUGGUGACGAACACUUCAUAAUGAAGAGGAGAUGAGGCACCCAUCCUCUAUAUCAAAACCGUCUUACCGCAGGAUUUUAUGCCAAUAUUGUUGCUAAAUCAAAAAAAUACCCAAAGUUUUAAUUUUUCUAUAAAUCAACUUUAUUCUUUUAACUAUUUCUUUAUUUCUAUUUAAUGAUGUCUAGUUAACAAUUCGACCAUAUUAAGAAGAUUAAACGAUACAUUCAGAAGAGAGAUCGAUACCGUGUCCCUAUUUCACCUGCUUUUCAACUUUUGAUAGUUUGAAAAUAGAUCACGAGAAAAAAAUCUCUUGAAAAACAAAAAGAAAUGAUUUGAAA